AUGAAGGCUUACAGCAACGGGCAGUACAAGAAGGCUUAUGACGGCAACGACAGCAACGGGCAGCACAAGAAGGCUUACGACGGCAACAACAGCAACGGGCAGCACAAGAAGGCUUACGACGGCGGCAGCAGCAACAGGAAGUUCACAAAGGAAAAGCCGAAGGAGGUGGACAUUUUUGCAAUCGAGGACGAUUACGAUCGUAUGCAAGCAAGGUACGAGAUCAUAGGAACUCAUCGUCCCGGUGAGAAGGAGGGAUUACUCGUCGACCAAUGCAGAAGAUGUAAGCAGAGAGGUCAUUGGGAAAGACACUGCAAGGGGCCUGGAGUGGAUCCUUUUGCUCAUGAACAAAAGAAAUGCUACCUCUGCCUAGCGAAGGGACACGAUACUUAUCACUGUUCAAGAGAUCCCCUGCGAAAUGAGGACUGGGCAGAGAGGACUUACACUGGACCAAUGAAGAGAAUUCAUCUUGGAGUGGGUUAUAUCGUUCAGGUAGCAGACUUCCCGCAAUACCAUCCUCGUUUCUGCGUCCAACGGAUUGAAUACGAAAACCUCAAACGGAUCUGCAAAAAACAUCCAGACUUGGGAAUCUUCAUUGUGCCUGAGCCACCCCGCCCUCUUGCAUCUCAAAUCUGGGAAGCUUUUCAGGGACUCGAUGGAUUUCUCAACGCAGGCCUAGGCUUCGAGUUAUACAAAUCCAAGGAAGAAAUGCCUCCAGGGUAUAACCGGUAUGCAGCUGCAGAUGAAGCAUUGAUUGAAGAAUUGAAGAGCAAAGGAGAACUGGAUGAGUUUGAGUAUGCUUCUCUGCUAAACAGUAUACGAAUGAAUGAAUGAAAAUAAAGUAAA